AUGUUCUCUAUAAAUGAAUUACGGCACGAAUUUCUCCAGGAUAUUUCUUCAAUAUAUGACAAGCAGACUAACAAUUACGAUGUGAAAAUUAUUGUCAGUUCAAUUAAUGGAGAAAAAAUUUUUAACGCGCAUUCAGUCAUUCUCUGUGCUAGAAGUUCUUAUUUUAAUGCAGCUAUAUUAAAUGAGGAAAUGGUAAAGGAGGAAAAUAAAUUCAUUUUACGAAAGCCAAAUAUACAACCCAAUAUUUUUGAGUGUAUUUUGAAGUUUCUAUAUACCGGCGAAAUCGAUCUUGAAAAAGAAAUACGAAACAAUGACAUUGAUUAUCUUUCAUUACUUGCCGCAGCUGAUGAAUUAAUACUCGAUUCUCUUCUUGAUUAUAUUCAGCUAUACUUGUUAAACAAUGACAAAACCUAUAUUCAAGAAAAUUUCAUAAAGACUCUUGAUGUCGCAUGGCAGCACACCUCUUACACUAAACUUCGUACCUAUUGCGAAUCUGUUUAUCGCGAAAAUCCUCAAUUAAUAUUUGAUGCUGGUGAUUUCUCUUUAUUGUCCAGCACCAAUUUAGAAAUCAUUUUAAAACGAAAUGAUUUGAAUAUACCCGAGAUCAAAAUAUGGCAACGAUUGAUUGAUUGGGGUAAAGCAAAUCAUUCUGAGCUACAAUCUGAUGUUAGUACAUGGUCUGAAAGAAAUUUUGAACAGUUGAAGGAAGUAAUUGGGCCACACUUGAAACAUAUACGUUUCUUUUUAUUGAAAUCUAAUGAUUAUUACACUAAAGUCCGACCUUAUAAAAAGAUUUUGCCAACAAAAUUGAGACAAGAUUUAAAGGUAUUCUACUAUAUGGAAGAAAAUAAACUACCUUCUGGCUCUUUAGGACUACGAGAUUAUUCUAAUAAUCAGGAACCAAGUUUAUUUGACGUUUGGAACGUUCAUUUGAUCGGACAUGAUGAAGGAUCAAACUUUACACAACCGACAGGUCGGGCCGUUAUCAUACCUUCUCCUCCGUCCUAUAUUUCAAAAGACUCUCCCCAGAAUCAAUUUCGACCUCCUCCGUAUGCUUCAUAUGAGUCGCCCCAAAAUCCAUUGCAUGUUUCAUCAUGGGAUGAUCCGAAACAACCUUACGUUCCUCCCACAAUUCGGCAAAAUAAUCCAACUCUCUCUGUAUCUUUGCCAAAAUUACAGAAUAAACUUGGAAAUUCUCGUCAGUCUUCCCGGAUCACUGAAGAAGAUGUAACAACGAACGAACUUAUAUAUAAGAAAACCUGCACCGAAAUUUAUACACAAUUCUAUGAUUACUUUCGUCGCGAUAUUUUUUCCCCAAGAUGCCACCCCGGCGUUCAUGCAGCAAUUGGAGAUAUCUCUGGUUUCAACUGGCAUCUAAACAACGAUCCGAAGGCUUUUAAGGGAUGUCAAUUUUUUUCGGAAUUCGGAGAUUAUUCCAAAAUAGUUCAAAUUCAAAAGAAUCAAAAAUUACCGAAAUUUGCUUAUAUGGAAUUAUAUGAAAUUAUUUUAAUAUACACACCUUUUGAGAAAAAAAUAGCUUUUCUUAACAGCUUACAUCAUCAUUAUGGAAAUAGUAUUAGCUCCCAAGAUUCGUCAGAACCUACACCUUUUCAUUCUCUUGUUCUUCACAAUUUCUACUUUCAUUCGGAUUUGAUGUAUUCUGGCAGCACUUCUUGUCUUCAUCCCAUAUCUGAUGAAAUACGGAUUAAUCCCGAGGAUAUUGAAGCUGUUGUAAAAUGGCUGACUGGGAAAGGUUUUUCUAUAAAUACUUUAAAUCGCACUGGGCAUAGUGCUCUAGGAUUAGCUAUUCGGCUUGAAAAUACUUCGGCUUUGGAUAAGCAAUUUUUAAAAAUAUCUCCUCGAAAUAAAAAAUGGUCACAUGACUUAAUUUUAGCGAUGGUUGCAAACGGUGCCUCGAUUUAUGGAGAUACUGAUUUUAAUGAGGAGUCUAGGAGCAUGUAUAUUAACAUCAAGAAAAAGGUACCAGCCUACCCAAAUCAUCUUUGGACAGCAGUUAAAUACGGUUUUGAUAUUGAUAUUUUAAGGACUAUGAUAACCAAUAUCGAGGAUAUUCAAAAGGAAUGGAACGAGCAAGAAGGUGGCAAAAAAUGGAAUCUUCUCAAAUUUUCGGCGAAAUAUGAUCAUUUGGACAUGGUGAAGCAUCUACUUGAAAAUUACAUUGAGUUCCAUUCAAAAGACAUCAUUGCAAAAGCAAUCAAGAAAACUCCGUUAGGUAAAACCAGAGAAUAUAUGAAUACAUGGGUAGGAAGAUCAGGGGAGGAGAAACUGAAGGAUUUUCGCUUGAAAUUUCUUGAGAGUGGAACAGAGUCAUUCUGA